CGCGGCGGGCAGUUCAGUUUGUUUGUUGUCGUCAGCUGGGAGAGAGGUUCGUGCCGCUUUCAUCGCGAGUCCCAAGUCGAGCUCAGUUCGAAAACCGGAGCCGAUCGCGAUCGCUCAGUCAGCUGACCCGGCCGUUCCACGCGUAGUGUGUAAACCCAACAACAGUGCGUCCUAGUUCGUUCCUAACCUUUCGUCACCGUUAUCAACACAAUUUAUCACAAAGGAUCAUAACUGCUUAUCAAGGUACGUUUAAAAUCAGUCGGAUAUCGUCCUGUUAUUUCCGAAGCAUUUGAUGCAAAAAACAUGCUGGUCCCGGCCAAGUUCCAGUACGCGCUGCUGGGCGGCCUCAAAGUUCUCACAGCCCUCGUCUGGCCCAUCACAAAAGUUAUCAGCUACACCACCUCACAGAAGAAGUUACCACCCUUAAAAAAUGAGCUCCUCCUGCUCAGUGCCAAAGAGCUCGCCCGGCUCAUCAGGACCAAAAAGGUCAAGAGUGAGGAGGUGCUGAAAGCUUACAUCACCCGAGCGCAGGAGAUCAACCCAGUUCUGAACUUCAUGGUGGAGGACCGGUUCGUGUUGGCUUUGGAGGAGGCGCGGGCCGCGGACACUCUGAUCGCCAGCGGCGCUAAGACAGAAGCCGAGCUGGAAGCCGAGUUACCACUCCUCGGGGUCCCUCUUUCCGUCAAAGAGAGCAUCUCUGUCAAAGGGAUGAGUAACAACGCCGGACGGACAGCUCCGUUCUCGAAUGUGGCGAAUGAAGAUGCUGAGACGGUGCGAUGCUUGAAGCUGGCCGGUGCCAUACCUUUCAUCGUGACCAACACCCCGGAGCUGUGCAUGAACUGGGAGACCACCAACUGGGCCACCGGAACCACCAACAACCCCUACGACACUCGUCGAACUCCCGGUGGAUCUUCAGGCGGAGAGGCGGCACUCAUUUCUUCUGCAGGAUCUGUCAUUGGCGUCGUCUCGGACAUCGGUGGAUCAAGCCGGCUCCCAGCCAUGUUCUGCGGAAUUUUUGGGCAUAAACCAACUCCAGGUAUUAUCAGCAUCGAUGGUCACAUGCCCUCAGCUCGUGAUAAGCAGUGGCACAAAUUCUUUUCAAUCGGAGGUAUGUCGCGCUACUCUGAGGAUUUGCCGUUACUUCUCAAGUGCAUGAUGACCGACAAAACUCUGGCAGAUAAAUUAAGACUCGAUGAAUUGGAACCGGUGAAAAAUAUUAAGUUCUACUACAUGGAAAAUGAUGGACCCACGAUAAUCAACAACGACACACACAUCGAAAUAAAAGAAGCUAUGAGGAAAGUGGUCAACUACUUAGACGUAAAACACGGAAUCAAAGCGCAGAAGGUCAAUAUCAGCAUGGAUGAUGCGUUUGCUUUAGCUCUUAUACUAAUGGCACGCAUGGAAAAUAUCCCAAGCGUCUUCGAUCGCGAGGAAUCUUCUGCUCUCAGCGUUCCCGGAGUGAGUCCUCUAGAGGAAGUCAAGAAAUUCUUCUCAUAUUUGACGUAUAAAUACACAAUCUCUCCCGUGCUUUUUGCGAUGUUGAAAAAAGGAAUCGAUCAGAUUUCAAAAGAUAGUGUCAGAGCGUUGUAUGAGAAGAAACAAGAGCUAACAAAGACCUUUGAGGAUUUGUUAGGAGGCGAUGGUGUCUUUCUCUACCCAUCAUUCCCAAACGUAGCCCAUUUUCAUUACCAGAUUUACUACCUCUUUCCAAAUAGCUCAUAUUUAGCCCUUUUUAAUGUCACAGAAAUGCCUGUAACCAACUGUAUGGUAGGAGUCAACUCACAGGGUCUGCCAAUUGGUAUUCAGGUUGCAGCGAACAAAUUUCAGGAUAGGUUAUGUCUUUCAGUGGCCAGAGAACUUGAGACAGCCUUUGGAGGCUGGGUUCAGCCACCAUGUUACGAGCCUGCAACAACGACUGCAUGAUGUAUCCCAAUUUAGUCGCCAUUCUCAGUAUUCCACGGCGUCUCGUCAGAAUUUUCGGUGUUUGUAAUGAACUGCAGUCGUGCGAAGCAAGAUGUGGUAUAACCAGGAUCCGUGGAUCUAGCGACGCUGAAAAAAGACUGGUUUCAAGUGGAGUUAAUCCCGUGAAAGUUCCUACAUGUUCUGCUGAACUACAUUUUGAAAUCAAGAGCUACAAUUUUUAGCUCAUGUACAAAAGCUCUUAUCUGCAUAGGGAACUUAGCGGUACACAUGUUAUUUAUAAAAUGAGCCAGAAAUAGUAGUUCUUCGUUGAUAAAUGAAGCUCAGUUUGCUCUCAAAGUCUUUCUCGUUCGAGAGAUUCCUACAGUGAGGGACGCACAGGGAGCUGGUUUCCCCAUUUGCGGUUGUGAAAUGGAUUACAUUUUGAAAUUAGGAACUGCAAUUUCUAGCUAAGUUUAGGAACGUAUCAUUUGUUCCGUAAUGAAUGUAAGUGUUUCUAUGGAUGAGAAAAAAAUUGUAGUUCCUUUUCAACAAAAUGCAGUCCAAAUAAUAGUGUGAGCGUUGAAAGUAAUCAUUAAAGAUGCAGAAUGACUGACGAUUGAUGUCAAACGUGACCACUCCCCCAAGGCCUUUGUUACUCGUGCAAGCCACAAACUUUGUCCAACUUUAUCACUGAGAAAAAUAUUCCCCUGAAUUUUUACGUCGCGACAGAGCUUCACGUUGAAUCAACCGGAAAUCUCCCAAGAGCGACAAGACGUCCCUUUAAAGUAACGAAGACCCUUUUCGAAACGAGCCGAAUUUUUGCGGUUUCCAAGAGACAUUCUUGUUCGUGGCAUAUUUAACAGAUAUUCCCGUUGAUCCAACACGAAAAUUUUCGCGGGCUAGAAGAGAUGGCUUUACUGGGGACGCGUGAUUGGUCGUCGUUGAAUUUUGCUCGAGUAACAUCAGGUUCAGAGUAGAAUUCGAGGAAAAGUUGACUAUUGCUACAAAUAACAUCAAUCAUAAUAAAAUAAUAUGAAGAAAGAUUGGCAAAGUUGACCAAAAUAAACUCUGUAUUGGCAAUUUUCGGUCAGAUGACUUAUCUAUGUCAGCCUAACUACCACUGAAACGCGGUUAUAUUUGUCUUGAAUUGGAUCAAACCACGAUGUCUUCGAAAUGAAAUUUAAAGGCCAACAGAUAAUAGAUAAUGGUCCGGUCAAAGUCAUUGACCAAAAUAUUGCUGGAAACUGCAAUAGCUGGUUUCAACCUAGAAAGUUUCACAUGCUUUUUGCCAGUUUGGAUCCUGUAACACCAACAAUGAAAUGUUGACGAAAGAGAAAUGAGAUCAUCGUAUGGUCGCAUGGACAAUUGAUAGUCCUGUGAUGACCUCUGUAAAGGAGAAGUGAAGAGGUAACACCCACAAAAGCAAUUCACAGAAUUUCUCACUAUGAGUACCUGCAUCAGGAAUCAUCACAUUCAUAGCUGUAAGUUCAAUCUAAUUUAGGUAAGAUUUUUUUAAUGAUUCUAGGACGUAGCGCUUUUUAGCUAUUGUUUGACCGUUUGAAGAAUACUCAUUCCCUUUGAAAAAUGAUUUGUCUCUGACGUUGGAAGAUUUUUUUUUAAACAUUAAAACCGCGAUGUGGUAUUCUUGUCUAAAGACUCAAUAACCCUGUAUUAUUUGCGCUGAAUCAGGCAAUCCCUGUCAACGACCAGUUUUUAUUCUUUUUUAUUUUUUUUUAAUUCCUAACAAAUGAUAAAUAAAUAUUUUACAGUAUAGUGUUAUAGAUUACAUGAGAUAAAUUGAUUUUUUCAAGCAAUUUCUCUUUUAGCCACUCCAAAGAUAGCGGCUCAGCUGAGCAUCUCCCAACGUUCACCAGACCUUGAAAAUCGAUGUAACACCCACUAAUUUUUCCCCUUUUCUCCAAACCCAGAGAUAACUUUUCAUUCUUCGCUUUAGAAUUUUAUAAUCUAUGAUGACUAGAAUUUAUAUUAAAUCCUUGAGUGUAUGUAAGAAUCUGCGCGAAAUUAUUAUGCAGUUGGUUUUAAAAGCGUUAAAGUGUGCACCCUUUCCGCUUUUUGAUGGUUUAAGCCAAAGUUGUGAUAUUAUGCUUAGUUACUAUGUUAGUUCUAAAUAUUUUUCUAAAAUUAUUUUUAAAUUUCUUUUUUCCAGUUGUCCCUAUUAUUUAUUUUAUUCACUACGCAAUGCUUAAUUUCUUAUCUCCCUCUCCAGCUGACGUUUGAUACCAAAGGAAAAAGUCUAUUUAAAGUUCGAAUAUCUACAAUCCUAUUAAGACACUGAAGACACGCAAACUCGAUUUUGUGGCCUCAAAAUUUCCAUUCAGGUUUCAUUUUUGUAAAAGAGAGACAACUUACAUGUUGAGAUGAAGUUUUUCAAAUAAUUUGAUUUAAACAAAUUUAAAGGAUGUGUAGAUCGGAGGACGUUUAUCCAAAUCAUCAUCAAGAUCAUCAGCGUGAUUUUAACUUUUAACAUUGAAAUCAAAUAACCUCAUACGUUUGAUUGUCUGUAGAAGAGUGACGCAAUCAUUGACGCCAGGGCAGAAUUCCCUGCAACACUUAAAUUAUAGAAAUUCAUAAAUAAAUUCAUACAUCAACAUGUUAUAGAGAAGGUGGAAUGCGCUUUCACCGAAACGUAUUUAAGUUAGGGUUCUUAAAGUUUCAUUUCAAAACUGUGUUUUACUUCAUGUUUUGGUAUGAAAUUGAUAGCUAAUCAUUCACUAUUGUAAAUGUUUCGCAGAUGGUCCUCAGUUUCAUUUUAAUGCGUGACAAAUCAUUUAUAGACUAAUAUCCUCAUUAGGUUACGUUUUCUAUUUGAAAUAGCUUGUCAAGAGGUUUUUUUAUAAAUAGUCCCACCAAAAAAAAUUAAAUUAAAAUGUAAUAAAACUAAAUAUGGGCGCUGCUUUACAUCUAUGCGAGAUAAAAUUAUCCGAAAUUUUAAUCGCAAGGUGGCUUGGUCUACGGUUUUGAUAUAACAAAAUUUAUUGAAAAUUGAUUAGCUAUAUAGACCUUUUUUAGGUUUUGUUUAUACAAUUUCUCUCCCAUAUCAAACUCAAAAUAACAAAACUAAGUUCACCAUGAAAAUGCCUCGAAUUUUCUCGUAAACAUAUGAUUUAAAAGGACUCAUUUGAUGACAUUCAAAGCUAAUUUUGUACUUUUGUAAGUUUUAAAUUAUAAAAUCUUGUUUUACGACGCGUUCCGCAACUUAUUUGACUCCGUGAUACCUCAACUCACCGGAUGAUCAAAUAAAAUACUUUAGUUUUCAAAUGAAAUAAUUUUUUACCAAAUAAAAUUUUUUGUAAGAAUUUUCA